AUGGAGAAGCUCACUGAUGUCUCAACGUCCUUGGCGACAACGGUUUCGGACAGCUGGCUUCAGCAACCCGAUCCGCCGGCAGAGCGUAUCAACCUCAUGAUCGAUCCGAAAAGCAAGCGAUGGGCAAAGGUACAUAGGUAUUUUACCAAUGCCUUGACGACAGAAACUUCCAUCGAGGAUAUUAUAAGGAAAUCUUUCACCCAUCACCAGUAUCGCAUGCUGGCGCCCGCUGAACGUGCCGACGUCAAAGAGAUGCAAGUCGCCAAUACGAAGAGAUACAACGCAUUACUUGAUGGUCGCUUCAAGGGCGUCCAAGACUCUCUGGCGACAAGGCUCACUAUAAUGUACUUUGGCCUACCCGCGGCCCCUGUCGAUAAUCCUCUCGAAGAGAUUGCCAAGAUGAUGGGACUCGAUGAGAAAGAGGUUCCCAGAUAUAAUGUCAGGCCGCCAUUGCAUUUCCUUACAGCGCACGACCGUCGCAACUGGGGAAAGGACAGUCUGAAAUCCAACGAAGCGAAGAACUACCCUCUGCCACUCCCGAGGGCUAUGGAACCAACACUGGGCCUUCGUGGAGGAGGAGACGACAAUGAUCCCAUGGCCUGGAGCGAUGAUUACAUCCCAGAAGACGAAACACCCGCGCUGUUCUCAGACGGAUGGACAUAUUUACACGGCCUGUACGGUCGCUUGCCUUUUGUUCCUCAAAAGUGGCGGUCUUUCUCGAAAGUUCUACGCCAGCUAUUGCAGGCUGAGGAUCACGAAGAGAAAGAUUUUUCUCUGUUGUGGUACGAUGUGAACGCAUAUAAGCCACAAGUGAUUCACGACCAACUACCUCUGAAGAAAGACAGUCCUGCUGUAGCAUUUCUUCAAAAGCAUUUCGCCGACAGCUCGAUGUCUCACAAGGAUUGCUGUGUUCUUUUCGCCGAUAACAUACACACCGAAAUCAACAAAGGCCCGCAGCAUUGGGAGCCUAUCGCUGGCAAUCUUCAAUCAGACACAGUCAGAAUUGGACGUUCUCUUGGCCAUGCUCCGAAUGGUCCUGAGGAGGAAGUGGUUAGCUAUGCCUACAUGGCCUUCCCCAAGACCAAGACACAAACAUUUACGAUUGGUAAAUAUGGGUCGAAUCAGUACAACGCUCACUUCACCAAAACCUUGAACGUCCUUUUCGGUGCACCUGAGACCUCGGCGCAUCAUCAUGCCUUGUUUCGACUUGUUGACAAGAACAAGCCCAAGACUGGUUGGACUGUCCCUAUUGUCUACGGUGCCAUGGGUUUACCCCAAUGGGUUUGGGAAUUGCUACACCCAAGGAACAAUCCUGGUGCCAGCUGGAUGGUUCAAUGUUGCUGGCUUAGUGCUGGUUUGGAAGCUAUCCUCAUGCCCAACUACUACCCUAGUCCCAACCCAUAUCUUAUCUCGCGAAGGUUAGAUGCUGCUGCGGCGCCAUUUGACCAGGCAUACCGACAGAUCUGUGAGAUGACCGCUGAAGCCUUUGAUGCAUCUGUCUGCCGAAAGAUCGACUCGGUAUUUCUGAUUGAAGGCCACAAAGAAAAAACGACUGGCGAGUUUCGCAUUGAAGGCCUUCAGCUUAAGCCUCGACGCGAUUUGAAAUCGUGGAAGAUGAGUAUUCCAGGGAUCCCUCACCAAGAUGUCCCAACGAGCCUUGGCAGCAAGCUGGAACAAUCUCCGAACUUCUACAGAACUGUCCAUGUGAAUUGGCGUCCCGGACACUGUCGUCUUUUCCCAGGUUGGUACAGUGGGGGAGAUUUCUCUGUUGAGAUGCCUCGUUUGACAUCGACAGUGGACCAGUUUCUUGACGCCAUCAGGGAACUGUACGUGUUGGUGGCACCUCCUGACUUCGAGGAAGAAGAUCUCAAAGAAAGCUGCUUUUUGCUGACGGAGACACCUUCGUUUGAGACUCUUCAGGUCCAAGACAUGGACUCGCCGUCUUAUUUCAUUGGAUCUGAUGCGACAGAUGACGAUUGGCACAGCAUCAGAAUGUCAAUUACAUCCCCUAUCAUAACUGUCUCCAUUGUGAAGAACCCGAAGUAUACAAACUGGUCUACCUCCAUAGACAAGGGCAACCUUUGGGGUUUGAGACUCGACCAGGAAGCCCUCAGGCAGGAUGAGAUGAGUGGAGGUGGUUUCAGACGGGAUGCUCUCCAUUUACAAGAUCUAGAUGGCCAGUCUAUCGACACACUUGCGGGAUACCCUGCAGACCCAGUGCCACUAAAGACGAUCGACCCGAAGGACGACCUUUCACACUCUGGGCGCAACAAAACCUGGUCUCCCAUGUCCAGACAGAGGGCCGAAGCUUUUAAAGCACGUCCACUACUCAAGGUCAGGAACAAGUCGGUUGGCGGUCCAGAUAGUCUUCGGUUGCCUUCCACCCUGGUAAUGCAAGGUGCGGUGACUCCAGACGGUGACCCGGUCUACGACAUCGGUAUCUUGGCAACUAGCCAGCCUCGAUUUAGAGGAUUCGCAAUCCGUGACACCGAACCUGAAAACCAUGGUGGCUUUACGCGUGGCCCGGUCGAGGGAACUAAACCUCGGCGUCAGUCUAUGUACAGCCUGUUUGGCGACGAAAGCGACGAUGAGCAAGCCAUUGGAGAAGACGGCGGCCGUGGAAAUGAUAAGGACGAUGAUGGAGAUGAGAAAAUGGAAGAGGUCGGACUCCCAAGUCUUCGUCAAGAGAACAUCAGUGGCGACGCUGAUGUAAUGGACGAGGAUGAGCAUGAUCCAAGACUCCUUGAAAAGAACAAUCUCGACGACAUGCCUGAGAAAGAGCCUGAGAACGAGCCCGAGAAAGGGCCCGAGAACAAGUCUAAAGAGGCCGUUCCCCCACCAUCUGCUCCUACUUCCAAGCCUGCAAGGUUCUUACAGACCGGCAACAUUGCUGGACCUGAUGAUCGAGCGCACACGUGGUCCACGCAACCCAGCAUCUUCACCACUGAAGAUCAACGAGCCUGGCCAGCAGAUAUUGAAAUCGGGUUUCCUCUCACCGCAGCACCGGCUGAGAAGAUCCAUCGCCUUUCUGGCAAUGUCCCUAUGUUUUCAAAGGCUGUCCUGACGCCCACGGAGCAAGCCGAACUACAAGGUGGCUUUUGGGACUUGCGCAACAUGCUUUUGAAGCGUACAAAUAUGUGUCCCUUUAAGGGUUGCAGCUACACUUGGCGACUCGAUCAGGAUGAAGAAUUGAACGUCCAUUUUCUGACCGCCCAUGCAAAGCGCAAGUGUCCUUUCUGCGAUAACGCUCUAUUUGGCUGGUGGGACAAGGAUCAGCAGAUCAAGCACUUGGGAGACAAGCACCCAGAUGAAGUGACCUCGGCCAAGAAUCCGUUUGCCACAAGCGAUGUGUCCAAUCCUUUCCAGACACAAUCGACAGCUGCACCUGCAACAGCCCCCGCCAAUCUUAUUAGAGAGGCGUUCGCGGAAGAGAUCAGGUCAUGGGGACCACAGUACAAGCUUAAGGAGCCCCCACGCCUCCUCACAUACCCCCUCCUUGACUGGUAUGACAAUUUCGGGUCCACUGCUGUUCAAGAUCCUCCCAAGAAAUGCCCGAUCCCGGAAUGCGCUGUUCCUCAUCUUGAACAUCUCAGCUCCCAUGGCGUAUGGACUCACUUCAAGAACUACCACACUGACUUCAAGCUCGAAGCGUGUCCGUUCUGCAAGCUAAGCUUCUAUGAGUACGGCGAGAAGGACAAGGAUGGCGUCCGGGCCCUCAUACCACGCCGUGUUGAUGAGUGUAUCAAGCACUUUGACUGCCACGUCUACCAGCUGUGGGAUAUCCUAGAGCCUAUGGUAGACCAGCGUGCUUCUCGUACUACUACUCGUCCGCCUGGUGCUACCCAGAUCGUCGCUGGUCAAUCCACAUCUCCUCAGGUCAAUCAGGACCAACCGGCUGAUGCCACACAACCUCUCAAGAAGUGCGCCUAUUUUGAGAAGUGCGGUGCUUACGUAGGGUCUAUGACUCACAAACAGUAUCGUCAUCACAUCCGCGUCAAUCAUCCUAAGGAGAUUUCUACAGUCUCUUCUUCUGAAGAAGAAGACGAAGAGGUUGACAAGGAAGACCAAGCGAGCGAUGGUAAUGACGAUGAUUCUGGGGAUGAUGGCGACGACAAGCGAGACGAUGGCGAUGAUGGGCAAGAUGGUGGUGUUAAGACAGCUCCUAUCAAGCUUCGUCGUCUGAAGCCUACCCCCAAGCCCACUCUAGAGCCUGCUUCUUCUAAGCCUAAGCGAAAGGAAACCUCCAAAGAGUCCCAAGCUGUGGACCCAGAUGAGAUGGAUACCUCGGCCGAUACCAAUUUCACCGAUGCUGAGUCUAGUGGAUCUAAGAAGUCUGCAGUGGUGGUAUCUAAGAAAUCCGGGGACAACAAGAGGGCGGCUCCCCGGGCUCCCCACACUCCGCCGCCGGAUCAUGAUUCAGGCACCGAAGAGUUGAGUGGUUCUAGCGUCUCUCGUGGUAGACGGUCCGAAAAAACACCCAAGAAGUCUAAGGUUAAAGCAGCUGCUAAGACUGCUGACCCAGAUGUUGGUGAUGAGGAGGAUGAUAAGAGCGAGGGCGGGGACGAUGGCGACGAUGAGUAUGCUGAUGAGGAUGGCGAAGCCGGUGGUAGUGGGUCUAAGAGCUCCAACACUGUAGGCCGAGGCCGAUCUACUAAAAAGGGCCGUCGACCUAAAGGGGACAACGAUGGGGAUUAUGAGGAUGAAGGUGAUGAGGAUGAUGAUUAUGAAGAGGAGAAGGGAGAACGCGGGCGACGAUUCCGUCGUCGAGCCAAGUCCCCUGACUGGGUGAAGAUACUUGGCCCUGAGGACCCCGACUUUGAUCCCGACGAUAAGAUGUACUGUUCAAAGUGUCUCCGAAAGGCGCCACUGAGGCGGCCAAAGAGUCCAAAUCGGUCGCCUAUCGGUCGCACGGGUGAGGUACAGGCUCACAUAGACAAAACCAGAUGCUGCCGCAUUCGUAACGGCUUGGGCUCAACAAAGAAUCUUCCCAAUCGUAGCGGCUGGAUUCCUGUUUCCAAACUCCCUGGAACACUUACUUCCAUCAAGGAGACAUUCCUUAACCGCUACCCAACCUACAUGCGCACCAUGUAUCCCACCCACUCCAAGGACCGCCAGGCUUCCGUCUGGCGUUCUGACCCCAACAACCCAGAGAACGAUGAAUGGUUCAAUAUCCCCUGGCCUCCGUACGAGGGCCUGCCGCCUUUCCCAGGCGAAUGGACAGCGCCUGGUCUCCCUUGGGAUGACACCCCGGAAGGUCGCCAACGAAGAGCCCUGUACAUCGGCAACCGAGUCGUCGAUCAAAAUUAUCAGUACCAGAGCGAAACUGACUCCGAUGAUGACCUCAAGCCGGACGUCGAUGACAUUCCAGAGUUCCAGAAUGAAUUGAACCCAUUGAAGAGGUCUGCUGACGAUGGGGAUGAGCCACCUGAUGAACCGGCUCCGAAGAAAGCCAAGAGCAGUAAGACUGCAGCAACUAAGACGCCGAAAGCAAAGGGAACUAAGAAGCCCCGUGGCGGUAAGAAAGCAGCAGGGGCUUCAAAGACACCUUCAAAGACACCUUCGAAAGCGCCUUCAAAGACUCCUUCGAAAGCUCCGUCUAAGACUCCUUCGAAAGCAACAUCUAAGGCGCCGUCUAAGACACCGUCAAAGGCAGCAUCGAAGGCAACGUCAAAAGCAACAUCAAAGGCGUCGUCAAAGGUGUCGAGUACAAAAACUACUCCGUCGCAAACCCCAUCCGGACCUUCCACUCGGCCUCCUUCCAAUGCUGGAGAUGACUGA